AGGUGGUCUUUGCGCCGGUGAUCUGCAAGCGGACCUGUCUCAAGGGCCAGUGUCGGGACAGUUGUCAGCAGGGCUCCAACAUGACGCUCAUCGGAGAGAACGGCCACAGCACCGACACGCUCACGGGCUCCGGCUUCCGCGUGGUGGUGUGCCCUCUGCCCUGCAUGAACGGCGGCCAGUGCUCCUCCCGAAACCAGUGCCUGUGUCCCCCGGACUUCACGGGGCGCUUCUGCCAGGUGCCUGCUGGAGGAGCCGCUGGAGGCGCCGGAGGCUCAGGCCCAGGGCUAGGUCGGGCCAGCGCCCUGUCCACAGGCGCACUGCCGCCACUGGCUCCAGAGGGCGAGUCUGUGGCCAGCAAGCACGCCAUCUAUGCUGUCCAGGUGAUCGCCGACCCUCCCGGGCCCGGGGAGGGCCCCCCAGCCCAGCAUGCGGCUUUCCUGGUGCCCCUGGGGCCAGGACAGAUCUCAGCGGAAGUGCAGGCCCCGCCCCCCGUGGUGAACGUGCGGGUCCACCACCCGCCAGAGGCUUCAGUCCAGGUGCACCGCAUCGAAGGGCCUAAUGCCGAGGGCCCAGCCCCCUCCCAGCACCUUCUGCCGCACCCCAAACCUCCCCACCCCCCACCACCUACCCAGAAGCCCCUGGGCCGCUGCUUCCAGGACACGCUGCCCAAGCAGCCUUGUGGCAGCAACCCCCUCCCUGGCCUCACCAAGCAGGAAGACUGCUGCGGGAGUAUUGGUGCUGCCUGGGGCCAGAGCAAGUGCCACAAGUGUCCCCAGCUGCAGUACACAGGGGUGCAGAAGCCAGGGCCCGUACGUGGGGAGGUGGGAGCCGACUGCCCUCAGGGCUACAAGAGGCUCAACAGUACCCACUGCCAAGACAUCAACGAGUGCGCGAUGCCAGGCAUGUGUCGUCAUGGAGACUGCCUCAACAACCCUGGCUCCUAUCGCUGUGUCUGCCCACCUGGCCAUAGCUUGGGCCCCUCCCGUACACAGUGCAUUGCAGACAAGCCGGAAGAGAAAAGCCUGUGUUUUCGCCUGGUGAGCCCCGAGCACCAGUGCCAGCACCCCCUGACCACACGCCUCACCCGCCAGCUCUGCUGCUGCAGUGUCGGCAAGGCCUGGGGUGCCCGGUGUCAGCGCUGCCCGGCAGAUGGCACAGCUGCCUUCAAGGAAAUCUGCCCAGCUGGGAAGGGGUACCACAUCCUCACUUCCCACCAGACACUCACCAUUCAGGGCGAAAGUGAUUUUUCUCUUUUCCUGCACCCUGAUGGGCCACCCAAGCCCCAGCAGCUCCCUGAGAGCCCCAGCCGGGCGCCACCAGCUGAAGACACAGGGGAAGAGAGAGGGGUGACUACGGACUCACCAGUGAGCGAGGAGCAGUCAGUGCAGCAGAGUCACCCAACUGCCACCACUCCUCCUGCCCGGCCUUACCCCGAGCUGAUCUCUCGCCCCUCACCGCCUACUGUGCACCGAUUCCUGCCUGACCUGCCCCCUUCUCGCAGUGCUGUAGAGAUCGCCCCCACUCAGGUCACAGAGACGGAUGAGUGUCGACUGAACCAGAACAUCUGUGGCCACGGAGAGUGCGUCCCUGGCCCCUCGGACUACUCCUGCCACUGCAACCCAGGCUACCGGUCGCAUCCGCAGCACCGCUACUGCGUGGACGUGAACGAAUGCGAGACCGAACCAUGCGGCCCAGGGAGGGGUAUCUGCAUGAACACCGGCGGAUCCUACAACUGCCACUGCAACCGCGGCUACCGCCUGCAUGUGGGCGCUGGGGGGCGCUCAUGCGUGGACCUGAACGAGUGUGCCAAGCCGCACCUGUGCGGCGACGGGGGCUUCUGCAUCAACUUUCCUGGUCACUACAAGUGCAACUGCUACCCGGGCUACCGGCUCAAAGCCUCCCGGCCGCCCGUAUGCGAAGACAUCGACGAAUGCCGGGAUCCUAGCUCCUGCCCGGAUGGCAAAUGCGAAAACAAACCCGGGAGCUUCAAGUGCAUCGCCUGUCAGCCCGGCUACCGCAGUCAAGGGGGCGGGGCCUGCCGCGAUGUGAACGAGUGCGCUGAGGGCAGCCCCUGCUCGCCCGGCUGGUGCGAGAACCUCCCCGGCUCCUUCCGCUGCACGUGCGCCCAGGGUUACGCACCUGCGCCUGACGGCCGCAGUUGUCUGGAUGUGGAUGAGUGUGAGGCUGGGGACGUGUGUGACAACGGCAUCUGCACCAACACACCAGGCUCUUUCCAGUGUCAGUGCCUCUCUGGCUACCAUCUGACAAGGGAUCGGAGCCGCUGUGAGGACAUUGAUGAGUGUGACUUCCCUGCAGCCUGCAUUGGGGGUGAUUGUAUCAACACCAAUGGCUCCUACCGAUGUCUCUGCCCCCAAGGGCAUCGACUAGUGGGUGGCCGGAAGUGCCAAGACAUAGAUGAGUGCAGUCAGGACCCUGGCCUGUGCCUUCCCCACGGGGCCUGUGAGAACCUGCAAGGCUCCUAUGUUUGUGUCUGCGAUGAGGGCUUCACACCCACCCAGGACCAGCGUGGCUGUGAGGAAGUGGAGCAGCCCCACCACAAGAAGGAGUGCUACCUUAACUUCGACGACACAGUGUUCUGCGACAGUGUAUUGGCCACCAAUGUCACCCAGCAAGAAUGCUGCUGUUCGCUGGGGGCUGGCUGGGGGGACCACUGCGAAAUCUACCCCUGCCCAGUCUACAGCUCAGCUGAGUUCCACAGCCUGUGCCCGGAUGGAAAAGGUUACACCCAGGACAACAACAUUGUCAACUAUGGCAUCCCAGCCCACCGUGACAUCGACGAGUGCGUGCUGUUCGGAGCGGAGAUCUGCAAGGAGGGCAAGUGCGUGAACACGCAGCCCGGCUACGAGUGCUACUGCAAGCAGGGCUUCUAUUACGACGGGAACCUGCUGGAGUGCGUGGGUGAGCGCCGCCCGUGCCCUGAGGCCGUGGGGAAGCGGCGGGAGACAUGCGCAACCACCCCGGGGGCGGGCCACACCCCCACCGAUCCGCUCUUGCCCCUAGACGUGGACGAGUGCCAGGACCCAGCAGCCUGCCGGCCUGGCCGCUGGGUCAACCUGCCCGGCUCCUACCGCUGCGAGUGCCGCCCGCCGUGGGUGCCCGGGCCCUCUGGCCGCGACUGCCAGCUGCCGGAAAGCCCGGCUGAGCGCGUCCCAGAGCGGCGCGACGUGUGCUGGAGCCAGCGCGGAGAGGACGGCAUGUGCGCGAGUCCCCUGGCAGGGCCUGCUCUCACCUUCGACGACUGCUGCUGCCGCCAGGGCCGCGGCUGGGGUGCUCAGUGCCGCCCCUGCCCACCGCGCGGCGCAGGUUCCCAGUGCCAGACGUCGCAGAGUGAGAGUAAUUCUUUCUGGGACACGAGCCCUCUGCUGCUGGGGAAGCCCCCGCGAGAUGAGGACAGUUCCGAGGAAGAUUCAGACGAGUGCCGCUGCGUGAGUGGCCGCUACAUCGACGAGUGCCGAGAGCUGAACCAGCGCGGGCUGCUGUGCAAGAGCGAGCGUUGCGUGAACACAAGCGGUUCCUUCCGCUGCGUCUGCAAAGCGGGCUUCGCACGCAGUCGCCCGCACGGAGCCUGUGUGCCCCAGCGCCGCCGCUGACGCUGCUCUCCACCAUCACCGAGGGGUUUCCGCGGACACUAGGAGAACUCAGCCUUUCCCUCUUGCCCGGACUCGGGGCUUGGACCCAGGGACCCUCAGGGGCCCGCAGACCCUCUGGCGUCCAUGCGAGCCCCGCCCGGUUUCUAGGGCGGAUAUAGGGUCUAGGGGGCGCUGUCAGCCUUCCUCCUAAAGGGCGUUUCCUGGAAACUGAUAAAUCAGAUCAUGCCUCUUUAAUUUA